CAUAGAUUUUUCAUAUAUGUACUAAUAUUUCUUGAUCGUUCCAAAGGGAGGAAUCGAAGAAAGCUUCACCAUACUCGCAUCAAAUCCUCAAUCAACUUUCUUCUCUACGUCCCCUUCUACCUGGUGACUCUGCAAGCGCCCGUUUCUUUGCAGUUUUAGUGCUAUUUCCCUCUGAAGAACAUCCGUACAGCAAUCCCAGUUUACGACAACAAGAAAUUAGGGUUCAUAUUCCAUUUGAAAACAAGGUAGUGCACCUAUCUUCUUGAGUUUGAGUAGUAAGAAAAAAAAGAAGCAAUGGCAGAAAGAAAGGUGUUGAACAAAUACUACCCCCCGGAUUUUGAUCCGGCUAAAAUCCCAAGGAGACGGAUGCCCAAAAAUCAACAAAUCAAAGUGAGAAUGAUGCUUCCAAUGAGCAUUCGAUGCAGCACAUGUGGAAACUACAUAUACAAAGGAACAAAAUUCAAUUCACGCAAAGAAGACGUAAUAGGAGAGACAUAUUUAGGAAUUCAAAUAUUCAGAUUCUAUUUUAAGUGCACGAAAUGUUCAGCUGAAAUCACCAUGAAAACAGACCCACAAAACUCAGAUUAUGUUGUCGAGUCUGGAGCUGCAAGAAAUUUCGAGCCAUGGCGUGCAGAAGAUGAGGUGGUAGACGAGGAGCAAAGGAAACGAGAUGCUGAAGAGAUGGGAGAUGCGAUGAAAUCAUUGGAGAAUAGAACACUUGAUUCAAAAAGAGAGAUGGAUAUUCUUUCUGCACUUGAUGAAAUGAAGUCCAUGAAGUCGCGACACGCGACUGUGAGUGUAGAUGCAAUGCUUGAAGCCUUGCAGAGAUCCGCUCCUGUACAAGAAGAGGAUGAGGACAAGCUUGAAGAAGCGGAUGAAGCUCUAAUUAAAUCCAUUUUCAAGGGAUCAAACGAAUAUGUUCGUAGAAUUGAUGAUGCUGAGCUGGAUGAUGACGAUGACAUCACUCUUUUAAACAACAGUGAAACUUCACAAGGUGGUUCUAAGAAACAGAAGGUUUCGGAUUCCCCAACAGAUUACUUAACAAAAACAAGUAGUACUAAAAAAGAAGAUGCAAAGGGUUCUGGGAGUUUUGUUUUGAAGUCUGCGACAGUGAAGUUUUCUGUAGUGAAGAAGGAGAAAUCACAAGCAAAUGAAGAAAAGAAGAAAGAAGAUGAUAAAGCAACAACUACAAGUAAUGUGUUACUGUUGUGCCAACAGUAUGACAGUGAUGAAGAAGAGGAAUAAUCUUUAUGCCAAUAUUAUAAAAGCAUAGGCAAACCAUCAUCAAGAAUGUUGUAUUUGUUAUAAUUCAAAGCUUCUGAGAUUUUGAUGUUAUUUUUAUAUAAAUAUGGACAAUAUUACACAAAUGGUUCCUGUGGAUAAUGUCAUAACAAACGGAAUGUCUUAUUGGUUCA